GGCUCCCCACUCUGCCAGAGCAGGCCGGGCGGCAAGGACGCCGCGACGCGUCCGCACUCAGAGCGGCUUUGCGCUUGGCUGUGGCCGCGCGAGACGCUUUUUCCCAGGAGCGAGCCAAGCGAGUCCUCAGCUUCCCAGGCGACAGGAAAAGCCCAGAGCUACCCACGGGCCGCUCAGCCACUGCACGGGCCCCCAAGCCGCAGAGGGACGGCGAGGGGGGACUGAAGCGAGCCGAGCCCUCCUGGGGAGGGGAGCGUGCGCCGGAGCCGGGUGCGGAAGGAGGGAGGAGGGUCGCGGAGCUCACGGCCCGCAGUGGAUUAUCCGGGCCGCUCCGUGCCUGGGGGCCGCGAAAUGCGCGAGGAGGACAAGGGCAUGCUCAGUGGUGACGGCAGCGACGCGGGCCUGGCCAACGCCGCAGCGCGGGGGCAAGUGGAGAAAGUGCAGCAGCUCCUGGAAGCGGGCGCGGAUCCCAACGGAGUCAACCGCUUCGGGAGGCGAGCGAUCCAGGUCAUGAUGAUGGGCAGCGUCCGCGUAGCCGAGCUGCUGCUGCUCCACGGCGCCGAGCCCAACUGUGCGGACCCCGCCACCCUCACCCGACCGGUGCACGACGCCGCCCGGGAGGGUUUCCUGGACACGCUGGUGGCGCUGCACCGGGCCGGGGCGCGGCUGGAUGUGCGCGACGCCCGGGGCCGCCUGCCCGUGGACCUGGCUGAGGAGCAGGGCCACCGCGACGUUGCAAGUUCCCCACCCCCACCUAGUUCAAUGAAGGCUACGAAACGUGGAGCGGCGGAAAGCCUGCACGCCUUGCUAAGCAACUCCACUCUCUGGAGGAAGGAGGAGCCAACCGGGAACAAGUUUAUAUACGUUUUUUCUUAAUCUGGAUCUAGCCCUCAACACUCACCGUGAGGCCAAACGCAGAGAGGUGGAUUUCCAGCGAUGUUGAGGAGUGUGUGAAGUUCCAGGGUUCCAGAGUUUUCUGACGCACGAUGCCGGGGCAGAGUGGGAGGAGGCGUUGGGGUCGUCGGUAUGCUCCCUCCACCCACUGCAGGAGAGCUCCGAGUGAACCCACUCUUCGGGCAUUCGGCCCUGGGAGCAAGAGGAAAACCUGAAGACUGAGGCCAAGACGGAUGAUGGUUGAGGUGGGCUUCAGUAGGUGCCCAAGGCUUUACUCUUUAUUCCCUGUGUGGUGCUCGGUGCUCGGUAAGUCACCAGUAAAAUGAUACUCUCCGGAAGCCCUAGGGACUCUACCCAGCUCCACCAGAUAGCAGAGGGGGAAGAGAGAGAGGACGUGGAAGCAACGACAGAUCUGCCUCAUAUCCUAAAAUCCCUGGAUCACGGUGUUGCAGGGCAGCUCUGGGAAAGGUGCAGGCUAUGGCUCUUAUUCCGCUGAGAAGAGAUUCCCAGGAGUUCUGGAUGCCAGCGGAGUGUAACAGUGCACAGGACGAAGUGGUGGAUUGCAGUGAGAGCAAUUGUAACGGUUAACUGUAACAUUUUGCUUCAUCUAUUAACGAUAAGAUACAGAAAUCCCCCUAUGAAUUGCUACUUGAAAAGAUUUCGUGAUAUUUUGUACUUUUGAGUUGUUCUUCAGCAACAGUCUUAUUUAAUUGGAAGACUUUAAAUAACAAAAUAACUCAUGUCCUUCAGUAAAGAGGUGAGGAAGGACUCUUAAAGGAAGCUAUGACAGUGGCAAACUCAGUGCAAACCCCUACAUUGCUUUCAUCCUUAACCUAUUUAUUUCUUUGUUAAAUUCUUCUGGUUGUUUCUUUAUAGAGUGUCUCAGGGGGUCAAACUAUGAAAUAUUCCAAAUGUCUUUUAGAAGAUAGAUACACUUAUUCCAUAAAUUAUCUUGGAAUAUUUCCCAAGGGUUGCUAAAAAAGUAGAUUGAGUAUAAAACUGUGGAAAAUAUAUGAUGAAGGCUUGUGGAGUACCUUAAUAUCUGCUGAACAAACUGAAGUUGCACUGCUUUGGGAUUUAAUUUCCAGUAUUACUUGAUUCAUUAUUUCAUUGGAACAACUCAUCCUUCACUACUUUAAUAAAGAAUUAACAGUAGAGAUUGAA